CGAUGCCAACCAACUGAAAUCCGAAACGUUCAACGCCAAAGCCGCCUGCCUCCAAGGCAGCACAUUAUCGCUCAACGAUGGCGAUACCCUGGGGGACGAUCAAGUCCCUCCUCAUCUUCUUCGGACCCCUCCUCUUCCCGAAGGCGCUCGCCUACUACCGCUCCAUCCGCGCAGCUUCCAAACUCCACGGCCUCAAGCCGCGCCCUUUACCGCUACCGAUAUUCCGCUCGAUCCUUGUCCUGACCAUCCUCGCGUCCGUGUUCCUCUUGCGCACAUUGCCCUUCCUCGCGCCCGAAAACAUCUUCAAAGCGACGCAGUCCCGCCUGCAGAUUCCCGCCGACGUGCUCUUUACGCGGCUCGCCACCCUCCGCCCCAACGGGCAGCUUACCCCGGAAGACCUGGCCCUGCGCAACAAGUUCACCUCGCUCGAGUCGCGCCUGCUGUACCUGCAUUUCGGCCCGGACGUGGUCGCGACCUGCCCCUUUUGCGCCUCGGACGAGCCCCGCUCGUACCUGUACUACGCGCUUCCGGACCUGCUGCGCCCCCACCUGUUUAAUCUUGUGGCCAUCGCGGCCGUGACGUCGUCCAGCUUUACCGGCAGUGAAGCGUCGGGGAGGUGGCGCACGCCGGCGACGCUGGCGGCCGUGGCGCUCACGCUGGCCGACCUGUACCUGGUGGCGAGCUACCAGCACACGGGUAACGCUCGGGCGCUGCGGCUGGGCGAGAUUGACUUUUUCUUUUGGACGGCGCGCGCCUGGCGCUACGUGUCGCUUGCCGCGCUCGAUGUGCUGCUCGCCGCGCUGCUGUACCUGAGCGGCACGCAGCGGGCGUUUGUCACGCCACCUUCCCCCGCAGAGAGGGUCGAGGCCGUCCUCCGCGCCCUUGGAGGGGUCAAAGGCAAAGUCAACGCCGCCGGCGUGAUCAAGAACACCGUUCUAAGGGAUGAAGAGCUGCGCAACAGGGGAAACGCCUACUGGGGACACGAGGUAAGGUUGAUGAGGGAGAUGAUGGAGGAGAGGGAGGUUAUUGAGGGGGUCAAGGAUGCGCUGGAGAAGCGGAUUGAUAUUGCGAGUAUCGAGAGGGACGCCGAGGCGUAUGCCAAGGCGUUGCUCGUGCCGCCUGGGGGGCAAGGGAAUGGUGGGGGGAGUGGGAAGGUGGAGGUUGUAGGUUAGUCAGAGCUAUAUGAUGGUUUAACGGGCACUUCUUGUAUUGUGCCUUGACGAAGUUGUUUAGAUACGAGGUGGUCCUGCAGGCACCGCUCCCGAUUCCU